AUGACGAAGUUCGGAAUAAGAAACAGCGACGGCCGCAGCUGUCAUAGACGGUUCCGAAGCAAGCGUCUUCGACGCAGACGUGCUUCCCACGCUCUGGGCGUGUGGCGCUCGCUGCUGAGGCUGCGGGCGGCUCGGGCUGGCGUCCCCGAGGAGCCAGGCGUCCGGGGCCUCCUAGCGUCGCUCUUCGCCUUCAAGUCUUUCCGGGAGAACUGGCAGCGAGCUUGGGUGCGAGCACUGAACGAGCAGGCCUGCAAGGAUGGGAGCUCCAUCCAAAUCACCUUUGAGGAAGUGCCCCAACUCCCACCCAGAGCCAGCAUCGGUCAUGUGACCUGCAUAGACCAAUCAGAGCACACCAUGGUGCUGCACUGCCAGCUCAUCGCUGAGGAGGUGCGCUUCCCAGUCUCCGUGACCCAGCAGUCCCCUGCUGCCGUCUCCAUGGAGACCUACCACGUCACCCUGACACUGCCACCAACACAGUUGGAAGUCAACCUGGAGGAAAUCCCCGGAGAGGGGCUGCUGGUGUCCUGGGCCUUCCCUGAUCGCCCUGAUCUCCACCUGGUGGUGCUGCCCAAGCUGCAGGCCAGGGAGAGAGGCGAGGAGCAAGUGGAGCUCUCCACUAUCCAGGAACUGGUCGAGGAUGCCAUCGUCAGCACUCAGCCAGCCAUGAUGGUCAACCUCCGGGCCUGCUCGGCCCCUGGAGGCCUGACACCCAGUGAGAAGCCACCCCCGGUGCCCCAGGCCCAGCCAGCUAUCCCCAGACCCACGCGGUUAUUCCUCCGGCAGCUUCGAGCAUCUCACUUGGGAAGUGAGCUGGGAGGCACUGCGGGGCUCUGCUGCGUCGCUGAGCUGGACAACCCCUUGCAACAGAAGUGGACCAAGCCCGUGAGGGCUGCUCCUGAGGUGGAGUGGACAGAGGACCUGUCACUGGAUCUGGGCCCCCAGAGCCGGGAGCUGACCCUGAAAGUGCUAAGGAGCAGCAGCUGUGGGGACAGCGAACUCCUGGGCCAGGCCACCCUGCCUGUGGGCUCACCCUCCAGACCACUGUCUCGAAGACAGGUGUGUCCACUCACCCCAGGGCCAGGGAAGGUCCUGGGACCCGCAGCUACCAUGGCAGCAGAGCUUCAGUAUGAGGAGGGCUCCCCCCGGAACCUGGGCACCCCGACCCCUUCUACACCUCGCCCUAGCAUCACACCUACCAAGAAGAUUGAGCUGGAUCGGACUAUCAUGCCCGAUGGCACCAUUGUCACAACGGUCACCACUGUCCAGUCCCGGCCCCGUGUGGAUGGCAAAUUAGACUCCCCCUCCCGCUCCCCGUCCAAGGUGGAGGUGACCGAGAAGACGACAACUGUGCUGAGUGAGAACAGCGGCCUCAGCAGCACCUCCCACAGCAGCCCAGGGGAGAGCCACCUUUCCAAUGGUUUGGACCCUGUAGCCGAGACAGCAAUUCGCCAGCUGACUGAGCCCGGUGGGCGGGCUGCCAAGAAGACACCCACCAAGCGUAGCACUCUGAUCAUCUCGGGUGUUUCCAAGGUGCCCAUCGCGCAGGACGAACUGGCACUGUCCCUGGGCUAUGCGGCAUCCUUGGAAGCCUCCCUGCAGGAUGAGGCAGGGAGCAGUGGAGGUCCCUCGUCAUCUCCCUCAGACCCACCAGCCAUGUCCCCAGGACCCCUGGAUGCCCUCUCCAGCCCUACAAGUGUCCAGGAAGCAGAUGAAACCACGCGGUCAGACAUUUCUGAGAGGCCGUCCGUGGAUGAUGUGGAGUCCGAAACAGGGUCUACAGGUGCCCUGGAGACCCGCAGCCUCAAGGACCACAAAGUGAGUUUCCUGCGCAGUGGCACCAAGCUCAUCUUCCGCCGGAGGCCCCGACAGAAGGAAGCGGGUCUGAGCCAAUCGCAUGAUGACCUCUCCAACACCACGGCUGCGCCCAGCGUCCGGAAGAAGGCCGGCAGCUUUUCCCGCCGCCUCAUCAAGCGCUUUUCCUUCAAAUCCAAACCCAAGGCUAAUGGCAACCCCAGCCCCCAGCUCUGAGGGCCCUCCUGCACUAGACCUCCUGAGUGCGGGAGUUUUGCCUGCCUACCCAUUCCCCACACCUUCUUCCAACCCCUCCCUGGAUUUCUAGGCCAGGAAGCCCUGUGGGCUCCAGGAAGCCUUGUCCACCCUGGACUGGAGGGCCAGCUAGAAGGGUGCUCACAAAGGGCAUGGCGUGAGCAGAGGCCCAGAGGCGAGGCAGUGGGUGGUCGGAGUGAGGAGCUCUGUGUGGGCACAUGAGGAGCUUCUGCAGAAACCUUUGACACUGGACCCUCCGAGGAGUCCCCGGGUACUCAGCACCUCAGCUGAUCUUCCGCCCUUAUUUAUUCCCUUUUCUAUUUAUAUGUGUGCUCCGGGACCUUCAGUGACUAGACAGGAGAGGGCAUCUCUCCCCGGUGACCUUCACCUCUGUCCCAGCAGGGGACACAGCUCCCUUUGGGAUGGAGUGCCCAUCCCUCCCUCAAGUCCCCACUCCGACCAGCACCAGGUGGGCCCCGGAGCACACUGGCAGCUCCUGCAAAGCUGGGCAGGCGCCGGGCCAGGGGGGCAGGUACUCCCCACCUCCCCUCCUGCUCCUCAUCUCCCCUUUGCCCUUUAUUACUGUUUUUGUACUUGAUGCCUUCCCGUGAGCGUGGGCUCCGUGGAGGGAGCGAGCCACGGGCCUGGUAGAAGGCCUCCCCAGAGCAACGACCAAAGGGGCUUUACUGCAAGACUGUGUGGAUGGAGCAGGCGCAAGGCUGCACGCUGUAUGUGGGAGAGGAGGAAUUCCAUUGCGGUGUGAUGGCGUGGAGUUUAAUUUAUUAAAUAAAAGUCAAAUCGGAGUUUA